AGGAGGCGGAGGCGGGAGAGGCAGGCGGGCACUGACCAUUUUCCAAGUACCUGUCUGGGACAAGACGGAGGCGCGGCGCGCGCAAGGUGCCAGGGCCAUUCAUUUACCUCACGGCAGCUUUCGGAUGGAGGAAGAGACUCCGAGGGGAGGAGGAGGACGAGGAGGGUGGGGGAGGAAAGGGCAUCAUGUGCCUUCCCCUUAUCCCUUAUGAGCCAUAGGAGGGCCUGGGGAAAAGGGGGAAAAGAGAGAGAGAGAGAGAAAAGGAGCUGGGAUUGGUGUAUGGCGGCGACCAGAGAGAAAGGAGCCAGGACUGGACGGGCCCAAGAGCCAUGAGAGAGAAGAGACCGAGACAGAGUGGGAGUGUGUCUAGGCUCGCGCGGCGGCGGCGGCGAGGAGGAGGAGGAGGAGGAGGAGGAGGGGAACUCCCUUUCCACGGCUGCGACUAGGUGUCGAAUGGAGCAGCUGCCGCCCGCCUUGGCUCGCUUGGUGGGUCGUCGGGAGGCGUUAAACAAUUGGGUUCCCGAGGAAGAAGGCGCAAGAAGUCUCGGUGGCGCGGCGUGGCCCGAAGACGUCUGGAAUCUCAAGUGGGACCCGGACCGGAGGCAAAAGGGACAGUAAUCAAGACAGCAGGGAAGGAGGGGGAGCGGGAAGCGGGCGGCUUUCAAGCAUCCGGACGCCAAAGUUCCUCGAAUGCCUUGCAGCGGCUGGGAACGCACAGGGUCGUCCCCCCCACCCCCCAGGCAUGGACCAGCCCGACAUCGAUAGGCGAGAGCACCGUCAUAAUUCUACGCGGAGCCCGACCGACAGCCGCCAUCCCUUGGCCAACAUCCUCCUGGGACUGAGCUCGCCCUCCUUUGGUCCCAAAGCUGAAUUUUAGAUAUUAUGAAAGGAUUGUCUUUUCAAAAUUAUUCUUUUUUUCCUUGUUAUUUAAGAAAGGAAGAACCGCUAUAGUAUGGUUUUCUCUCCUUCCCCACCUCCACAAAUCCUGUGAGCCGAAUUGAAAUGACCUGCCGAGAUUUCUCUCCAUGAUGAGCCCUGGAAUUGUUAGGCAGGAAAGAACUUUCUAUCCCACCAACAGCUUCACACCCAAAGCAUGGAGAUGUAGGAUGGAAUAAAGGGGGGAAAAGAGGCCAGUUUGCCCUUCAGCGUUUUCCUCCAUCCUGCACACACGCACUCACACACACACACGCACAGAGCGAGCCUGCUUCAGGGAGAAGCAGGGUCCUCCAGGACAGACACAGGAAGGCUGCCGAGGGUUGGCUGGCUAGGGUGGAGGGUGGGCUUUUCUCUCUCUCCCCCCCCCUCCAACCUGCACCAUCCGGGCUGAAGCUGAUGCCCAAGAAAGACGAAUCCGACUCCAUGAUAUUUUAUUUUAUCUCGGUCCUUUUUUUCCCUUCGAGAAGCUAAGGGCUCUCUUUUCUUCGAUGUCACAGAGGCACGGCUCUCUUGGGGGGAAAGAGGCGCCGCUGCUGUGGGAGACAUUGGGAUAGUCCUGCUUCGCACCAUAUUAAAGGGAAAGAUCACGUACCGUCAAAGGGGAAGGGAAGCCCCGCCAGACCUGAUCGCCUGGUUUCGAGGUGGAGAUCAAGUUGAAAAAUGAUCGGGACUGGUGAGUCACUCUUGAACUGAUCACCAAGCCCCCCUCAUCCACCUUCAUUGCUCCACCAUCCAAGAAGAAGGCUUAGAAGCAGCAGCAGCAGCAACAGCAGCAGCGGGGGAAAGCCCACCCCAACAGCCCCUCUCUCUCUGGGGUGUGAUUUGCCGCGGGACCUCUUUCUUCUCCCUGGAUCUUGGUUGUGGAGGCUUCCGUCGCUAUGUACCCGGGGUGAACAGGUGCCUUCCUUGGAGGUGUGGGAGAUCCGUUCCCAGAUCCGCUUUAGGAGCCUUGCCUCUCUCUUUCUCUCUCAGUCUCUCUCUCAGACUCUCUCUCAGGGGGAUUAUGGAGACCGGCGACCGGGACAUGUAUCGCCAGUUUCAGGACUGGUGUCUCAGGACUUACGGGGACUCGGGUAAAACUAAAACGGUGACCCGUAAAAAAUACGAGCGGAUUGUCCAGCUCCUGAACGGCUCCGAGACCAGCUCCACGGAUAAUGCCAAAUUCAAAUUCUGGGUCAAAUCCAAAGGCUUCCAGCUUGGCAAUCCGGAGGAGGUCAGUGGUGGUGGUGGUGGUACCACCGCCGCUGCAGGCGGCGGCGGCGGCGGCGGCGGGAAGCAAGUGCUCUACGUGCCAGUCAAGACCACGGAUGGUGUUGGUGUAGAUGAGAAGUUGUCUUUAAGACGAGUGGCUGUUGUUGAAGAUUUCUUUGACAUAAUCUACUCCAUGCAUGUGGAAACAGGGCCCAAUGGAGAACAAAUCAGAAAGCAUGCUGGACAAAAGAGAACGUACAAAGCAAUUUCAGAGACCUAUGCCUUUCUACCCAGAGAAGCGGUGACACGAUUUCUAAUGAGCUGCUCAGAGUGCCAGAAAAGAAUGCAUUUAAAUCCAGAUGGAGCAGAUCAUAAAGAUAAUGGAAAAAACCCCACUUUGGUGACUAGCAUGAUUGAUUAUAAUAUGCCAAUCACAAUGGCCUACAUGAAGCACAUGAAGCUGCAGCUACUUCAUUCCCAGCAAAAUGAGGAUGAAAGCUCCAUAGAAAGUGAUGAAUUUGAUCUGAGUGAUUCCACCAGGAUGUCUGCUGUAAACUCUGACCUCAGUUCAAAUCUAGAAGAAAGAAUACAGAGUCCACAAAAUCUCCAAGGACAGCAAGAUGAUGACUCAGCUGCAGAAAGUUUUAACGGCAAUGAGACAGCCGGACACAGUUCUAACGCUUCAGGGGCAACACACUGCAGGGAAGCAGCAGAAACCAACAGUAAUGGCAAAACAACCCUGGAACCUGAUGAACAACCUCUGAACCUGAGUGACAGCCCCUUUUCUGCUCAGCUCACUUCAGAGUACAGGUUAGAUGACCAAAGCAGUGAUGGAAAGAACAAGUACAAGAACAUCCUAGUAUCUGAUCUUAAGAUGGAACAAGAGGCAAAAGAAAAUGGAAGCAAGUCACCUGCCCAUAGCUAUUCAAGCUACGAUUCUGGCAAGAAUGAAAGUGUGGACAGAGGUGCAGAAGAUCUCUCCCUAAACCGAGGAGAGGAAGAUGAGGAUGACCAUGAUGAGCAUGAAGAUGCUGAGAAGGCUAAUGAAUCAGAUGGAGUAGAAGCUGAGCGUCUAAAAGCUUUUAAUAUGUUUGUCAGGCUGUUUGUAGAUGAAAACUUGGACCGAAUGGUCCCAAUCUCUAAGCAGCCCAAAGAAAAGAUCCAGGCUAUCAUUGACUCAUGCAGGCGACAAUUCCCUGAAUACCAAGAGCGUGCCAGAAAACGUAUACGUACUUACCUCAAGUCCUGCAGGCGGAUGAAAAGGAGUGGUUUUGAGAUGUCACGACCCAUUCCAUCACAUCUUACUUCAGCAGUAGCAGAGAGUAUCCUGGCUUCGGCAUGUGAAAGUGAAAGCAGAAACGCUGCAAAGCGGAUGCGGCUGGAUCGUCAGCAGGAUGAGACUACUGCAGCUGACAAACCAUAUAAACAGGAACCAACACAGGUCACUUACUCAACAUCAGCUGUUUCCAGCACACAGGAGGUACUGUACAUAAAUGGAAAUGGGACCUACAGUUACCACAGUUACAGAGGGUUAGGAGGAGGUUUGCUAAAUCUCAGCGAUGCUUCUACUAGUGGUCCAACUGAUCUCAGUAUGAAGAGGCAGUUAGCAACCACUUCUGGAUCUUCCAGCAGUACUAGCUCUAGACCUCAACUGAGUCCAACCGAAAUUAAUGCAGUACGGCAGUUGGUUGCAGGGUAUCGAGAAUCAGCUGCAUUUUUAUUGCGUUCUGCAGAUGAACUGGAAAAUCUUAUUUUGCAGCAGAACUGAGAUAUGUGACCAUCUUGCUGACCAUGUUUUGUUACAGAAUUUCCACUAAUGACAUUGUGAUUUCCAGAGCAGAUCUUUCAGUUACUGCACAGUCUUGUUGACGAGUUUAUUACCAUAAUGCCACACUGUUCUUGGGUAUUCUUGAUGUGUUAGGGUUCUUCAAGUGAACUUGAACCUCUGAAAUGUUAGAGGUGCUUUAAUAUAUCAGCCUAUUGCUCAAUGUUCGUUUGUUCUAGUGUGUCAGCAUCAAUAGCAAAAAGUGGCUAGAAAUAUUAAUUCGUUCUAACAUGGACAGGAACAGAAGAUAGCUGGGGAUUUGAAAUUGGUCCAGAAUCCAAGUGCAAUAUUAGUGGAAUGUGCUAUCAACUCAGUGGACUCCAAGCUGCAUUAUAUGGCAAAGUGUUGCCAUGCCCUGCUGUUAACAGGAUGCAAUUGCAAUGAAAAGGAUCUUGUAUUUUAAAGAAAAUGUAAUUUUAUAGGGAAAAAAACCAAGACAAAAAUGUUAUUUCUCAUUCUAAAUUGAUCAUUUUUACUUUGAUAAAUUUUUCACUGAUUUUUCAAAUGAUGUCUUGAGGAGUUCUUGUUAAGUCCGCUAUUCUGAAACCUUUAUCCUCUUCUCCAGUCCAUACCAGUUUAUACAACAAGUACAUUUUCAUGCUGGGCAGCCCAUUUCCUGAUGGAUCUCUAUACAAAUAUCUCUGGAAUGACUUUCAAUGGAAGCAGACAUUUCCUGAGCUUGAACCAUUUCCAUUUCCAUUUCAUGAGUUGCAGCUUUAUUAGCACUUAAUAAAGAUGUAAGGAUUAUUUUUAAGGGACAUAUCAUUAAUUUUUUAAAAUUGUGGUUUCCUACAAACUAGCUCAUUUAAUUCCAGGAUCGCUGCUGCUGUCUUGUACAAGUCCUUUUAGUAGUGAAUGGAUGUAGAUGAUUGAAUGUGAAGAGGUUGCAAGUGACAAUCGGAAAAUUUGCACUCUUGUGUGUAUUUAUUUCUUCUAUUUCUUUUUAAAUUAAUACAUAACUGAAAAGGGCCAUUGACACUUCUGAUGUGAUUUUAUAAUGCUAACACUGAACUGAAUACUGUACAAAAAUUGUAAAAGAUUCAGCUGCCACUUAAACAAAGUUCCCUUCUCCUGACUCUCCCAAUCCUCAUUUAUUUUAUGAUGUCAAAUACACAUCAGUGGUGUUUUUGUUGUGCGCUAAGGAAAAUUUAUUUUUAUGUAUUUAGAAAGAAGUAUUUUAGUUUAUGCUUACUGUAAUAUCUGUUCUGUUGUUUUGCUUUUGUUAAAAAACAGGUUCCUUGUGCAUUCCUGAAUUUGCCUUAUUUUGUGUACAAUUUUUAUGUAAUUUGGUUUUUGACAAUGAGUUUAAAGCAUUGGUGAUAUUUUCUAUCUACUUGUUACAUAUAGUUUUUCAAGUAAUGACUGUGAUUGUGACAAAGUAAUGUGCACUUUUUCUUGUAACUGUGGACAUUGCUAUGCUUUUUUCUCUUUAGUGUUUCUAGAAUUACUGUUGCUUACAGUUAUGUUUUAAAAAAUGACAACUUUUGUGAUACUGUUGGUGAAUAUCAAUGUGAAAAAAAAUUAUUGAGAUUAGUGUUUUGGAGAUACCUAAAUACACAAACUUUUCUUUUGAGUUGUGAACUCAGAUGUUCGCAUAUUUAAAUGAAAUUUUUAAAAGGAGGGCUGGGAAAAAUCCUGUUUUCUUUGAGUAAAUAAAAACGCAUCUGU